AUGAGACUAACAUUAUUGCGUAUUUGGAGUAAGAAACUAGAAUAUUUUGUAUUCAGAGAGAAGAUCAGCGACACAUUUGAAACGGCCUAUAAUUCGAUAUGUGAAGCAUCAGGGAGCAAAUAUUCAUCUGAAAUUUUGUUAGCUGCUUUUAACAAGGUAGAAGAAGAAAAUGCGUCUGGUGAGCAAAGCCUGAAAAGAAUAUUUUUUGAAAAACUCCAACACAGGCUUUCUUAUAUGGUAGAAUCUUUAGUAUCUCUGGAUAAGCGGAGAAGAGUUUUGCGUUUCAUAGCGAAGUUUUCCAUAAACCAAUGGAAGAGGGGAGUAUCUGAUUUCCUCCAUUGUUUAGUGGAAUAUUGUGAAUCUUUGUCUUGUUGUGACGAUGUUGCUGUUCGUCAGAAUAUCUGCACAUUGGUAGGAUUUUUGCUCAAAGAGCAGGAUGGCGGCAGUGCCACUGAAGAAAGCGUAAUGUCAAUUGAUAUCAAGCGGAAGUUGUAUUCGAUUUUACUUGAACGUCAACUCGAUAAGGUGACUGCUGUACGCUCCGAGGUCAUCCUGUCAGUUGCAGACAUUCAAGAUGAUGAAAUUCCUAACGAUUUCGUUGAGGCCCUUGAACGAAGUCCUAAAGAUGUGAUAUUGAUGGGAUUCCGCGACAUUGCUGCUGACUGUCGACUAGUCGCUGUAUGUGCACUUCAUGUCGUAGCUUCUUCACAUGCCGACUACCUUAUUGAGCUUGCAUCUUGUGAU